UUUCACCGCGCGGGUCUACGAGUAGAACGCUCGCGUUCGGCCGCGCUGCCGUGAUUGGAGGACUACAGCAGCGCGCAGCUUUGAUUGGAGGACUGAAUCCGGGCUCAUCGCGUAACGCGCAGGAGUGGAAUGUUCCUUCACACAGAGGCAACUAGAAAGAAACCGGAGAAAAACGUCCUCGAAAGCAGGAUAAAAUCUCCUAAAACCUCACCACGGAAAUCUCUAUAAUACACGAUUUGAAGUAGACAUUCGUCACGAGUCAUAAGUCCUAAUUUGGAAGGAUUUUGAGUUGUUUGAGCGGCUUCAUCAAAUAGGUACUACAAAGGUUCUUUUUAAAGGAGCUUGUGGCUUUGCUCUGUGAUCAGCUCCAGACAGAAGACUCUUAAUGCUGAUACUCAUGAGUACCCUUCAUCAUCAUGUGCUGCCACACUUGCUACCCUGUGAGGGUCUUAAACAAGAGAAGGCUGUAAAGAGGCCUUGAAGUCAUCCUCACAUCACAAACUCUUCAUCAGUCUACUCACCUUCACACCUAAUUGGUGAAUUUGUUCAUCUCAAAAGUGGCAGAGUUCAGCACGAACAAGACAGCUAUAUAGUUUCAAAUCUCAACAAACAUGAUAAAAAGCACCUCCAUGGCCAUCGUCUUUGGAGUUUUGGGAGCUGCCGUCCUUCUCUCGCCGUCGGCUGAGGGUGGGCAAAACCCAGACUACAUGCUUCACGGCACUGGAGUCAAGCCUGGAUCGGAUCCAAAGAGACCCCAGGCAGGGGAUGGGUCCACCGUGGCCCCAGAGGAUGCUGCCCGCUUCCUUAGCUGCUACUGCUCAGGCCACUGCCCCGAAGAUGCCACGAACAACACCUGCGAGACGAAUGGCCAAUGUUUUGCUAUCAUAGAAGAGGAUGAGAAUGGCGAGGCUAGCCUCACCUCUGGCUGCAUGAAGUAUGAGGGCUCUCACUUCCAGUGCAAGGACUCUCCUAAUGCUCAGACCAGACGGACCAUUGAGUGCUGUUCCACUGAUUUCUGUAAUAGAGACCUUCAGCCCACACUUCCACCUCCUAUUCCAGGAAAUCCUCCGUUAUGGAAUGCCCACUUGCUAGCCUUCAUGAUCUCCGUGACAGUGUGUUGCUUCACUUUGGUAGCCAUAACUGUGGUUUGUUACUACAGGUAUAAGCUGCAGACGGGACGGAGACGGUACCAGAGAGAUCUGGAGCAGGAUGAGGCCUUCAUCCCUGCAGGAGAGUCUCUCAAAGAUCUCAUUAGUCAGUCCAGCACUGGCUCUGGUUCAGGGCUCCCCCUGCUGGUCCAGCGCACAAUUGCUAAACAAAUUCAGAUGGUACGUCAAAUCGGGAAGGGGCGGUAUGGAGAAGUGUGGCUUGGUCGCUGGAGAGGAGAAAAGGUGGCAGUGAAAGUGUUCUUUACUCGUGAAGAGGCUAGUUGGUUCAGAGAGACCGAGAUUUACCAAACGGUGCUCAUGAGGCACGAAAAUAUACUUGGCUUUAUAGCUGCAGAUAUUAAGGGCACGGGUGCAUUCACGCAGCUUUUCCUCAUUACGGACUACCACGAAAACGGUUCUCUCUAUGAUUAUCUGAAAUACACCACCCUGGACACACAGGCUCUGCUGAGGCUGGCCUAUUCUGCAGCCUGCGGCCUGUGCCACCUCCACACAGAGAUCUACGGCACGCAGGGCAAACCUGCCAUCGCUCACAGAGACCUGAAGAGCAAAAACUUCCUCAUAAAGAAGAAUGGCACCUGCUGCAUCGCUGAUCUGGGCCUGGCUGUGAAAUACAACAGUGAUACCAAUGAAGUGGAUGUCCCUCUGAGCACAAGGAUGGGGACACGGCGGUACAUGGCACCAGAGGUCCUGGAUGAGACCCUAAAUAAGAACCAAUUCCAAGCAUACAUAAUGGCUGAUAUUUACAGCUAUGGUCUCAUUGUUUGGGAGAUGGCCCGCCGAUGCGUGACAGGAGGUAUUGUUGAGGAGUAUCAGUUGCCAUACUGGGACAUGGUACCUUCAGAACCGUCCUACGAGGACAUGAGGGAAGUGGUAUGUGUUAAAGGCAUGCGGCCAGUGGUGUCUAAUCGCUGGAACAGUGACGAGUGCUUACGGGCCAUGCUGAAGCUCAUGUCUGAGUGCUGGGCACACAACCCAGCCUCUCGCCUCACAGCUCUUCGAGUCAAGAAAACACUCGCCAAAAUGGUUGAAUCACAGGAUAUCAAAAUAUGAACAGUUUUCCCUCCAAUGCCAGUCUGAGAGAAAUCAUGGAGAUAUUGAUGCUCACUUUUAUGAAUUAUUGCCUCGGUUCUUAAACAGACCUAUGGGAGCUCUGCUGAGCAGAACAUUUGCCUCCCUGUAUGCCUGUAAUUCCUUGCCUUGUUGCAGUAAUGCUCGUAGUGUCAUGUAGCACUCUCUGCUGGACAGUAUGUGCCAUAACAGACCCAUGAGGAACGAAGGACAGCGGUUCUGCAGGCAUAGGCCUUUUUUUCCUUCUUCAGGCACUCUUUUAUAUAUUGGGAGAGAAUUGAAGAGCAUAUGGUGCUUUCUGUGAAAGCUGUGUAAUAUGAAACGUCUGCAUGGAGGAGUGGCAUGGUGCAGUAAUGGAUCCGUGUGAGCGUAGGCUUGAGGAUUGACCCUCUGUUAUUGACUGACUUGGGAGGCGGACAUAUUUGGGUUGAUAUUCUGACUAAACCCCCAACCGUAUGCUUGGGAUAUGCUCAAGUCAAGAUAUGUGUGGCUAGCGUCACAAAAAAUGGCAACUCUGCAUUUGGAUCAUGUGCAGCUGUGGCCACUGAAACAUCAAAAGUGAACGCUCCCUAUUUAAUUCAAAUGACCCAUAUUAUGAUAUAUGUAUCAAACAAAAAAGUCCCGUAAACUACAUGUUGAUAUUUUAAUUAAUAGCCUUUUUUGAAAUAUUAUUCCUUCAACUGCUUUCCUUUCUGAGAAUUUGUCCAUUAGAUGUUCAAAUACAAAACUGAGUGUUAGCAAUAAGGUAUUCUGUUUGAAACCUUCCCGUUUGAUGAAGACUGGGAAUGUAUUCACUGUUAGGAAUAUAACGUUCAGGUAUGAUGACAGGAGUCAUUUGAUCAUCACCCCUUGUUUGGCCUGAAGAAUUGAUGUAUGACUGGCCAAAUAUUGUGACAAUCUAAUGUUGUGACGCUUGGGAAUCAUAUGACUCAUAAAUGUCUAAUGUGAUAGAAUAAUGCAAAUGCAUGUGCUAUUUAUUCAUGUCAUAUAGUAUGAAUUACUGUUGUAAAAUAUUUUUACUUGCAGGACUAUUAACACUGUUCUUGUAACUGACUUUCUCAAUAUUUUACAGAGCAGCUCAACGGUGCAAAUACUAAAUUUAUGACUAUAACAGGAAAUUUAACAUUUAAUAACUUCCUAUUAAAGUCUGGGUAAAUUAUCAUUAUUUGUCUUUGAUAUAAUGUUUCAAACUAGUCCCUUUGUCUGUAAUUUACUGAAAAGUCAGUUUCAUAUACAUUAUUAGCACUUGUGGAAAAUACAGGUUUAACGUCAAAACCAGGGUACUUUGCCUUGAAAGACAAGUUGGUCAUUUAUGCCUUGAAGAUCAGGUUAUAUCACUGGGGUGCAUUUAAAUAAGUUGUUAUAGCAGACUGGGAAAUAUAAUUAUACAGGUACAAAACCCGUUGUUUUGGAUUGAAGAUUCAGAUCUCCCGUUGCUUGUGUGUCUUUUCUUUUUGUUCGGGCUGCAGUUGUGCUCAAGCCUUUUCUGUCCAUUACAAUCAUGCCAGUUACUGAAAAUCACAUUUGAACUCAUUAAGCUCAUCUGGCUAGAUAAAUGACUACACAAUGCCUUUGUCUUAAUUGUUUAAUGUGUAAGGAAACAUGUAAAAUGACUAAUAUGAACUUUUUUUUAAAUUGUGCACAAUAUCUGGUUUUAAGAGAGGUGCCUUAUGUUUACCAAGAAAAUCUGUUCUGUACACAGAAUUAGUCCAAUGUAUCAAUUUUUUUUUUAAGUAAAUUGCAUUAUUUUAGUACACAAA